AGCAGGCGGCAGGAGCCCCCCGGGCACACAGGAGCCGGCUGCAGGCAGCCCCGGGCACAGCAGGCUCCGGGGCAAGCCGCAGAGCCCGGCGCGCUGCCCGUGGCCGGUUCUCCCGCUGUCCGGGCAGGCACGGCGCGGCCAUGGCGCUGCCGCCCCGAGCGGGCUCGGCCCCGGCGCUCUACAUCCACAGCAUGCCCGCCUGGGUGCUGGAGGACUUCUGCCAGAAGAUGGACUGCCUGAGCGACUACGACUGGAUGCGGUUCGCCUCCUAUGUGAUCACUGAUCAAACAGAGCUACGGAAAAUCAAGUGCAUGGAGAAGACAGGGAUCAGCAUCACGAGGGAGCUGAUGUGGUGGUGGGGAGUGAGGCUGGCGACAGUGCAGCAGCUCCUGGACCUGCUGCAGGGGCUGCAGCUUUACCGAGCAGCUCAGGUCAUCCUGGACUGGACAUCAGCCUCGAGCAUCACCCUGCCUGAGAAAGAAGAGCCAGAGCCACCCAAACAGAUCAUAUCUGUACCUCCCACAGAAGGCAAAAGGAGAGACAAAGAAAAUGCCCUAAGUUUGCUGCCAUCCCCAGACUCCUCUCACCCGGGAGCAGUCCCAUCAGGCAUUUCAGGUGCUGUUUCUGAAGGAGCCUUGUAUUCCCUCCCUGCUCCACCACCUCCCCCGAGAGACCUUUUGAACUCCCUACAGUCCAAUCCUCCUGUUCUGUCGAGUGUGAAGCCUUGCAGCUCUUCUGCUCCUCAGCAGGAGACGAUGGCCGAUCUCCCCAGCGGGAGUCUCCUGUGGACCCAGAGGGAAAUUGCCAACGCCACCAACAGCUUCAGUGACAAGAACAGAAUCUGUGAAGGUACCUUUGCAGAUGUCUACAAGGGUCAGAGGAACAACAUGGUGUUUGUCAUCAAAAGACUCAAAGAGCUGGAAUGCACAAGCCCAAAUUCCACCCAGAGGUUCUUUCAUACAGAAGUGCAGAUUUGCUUUCGGUGUUGCCACAUAAACAUCCUGCAGCUGCUGGGGUUCUCGGUGGAAACUGGAUCUCACUGUCUGAUAUAUCCGUACCUGCCCAACGGCUCCCUGCAAAACAAGCUGCAGUGCCACGAUGAUUCUGCUCCACUGACCUGGGAGAUGCGAAUUAAGAUUUCUUUAGGAGUUGUCAGAGCAGUGGAGUAUUUGCAUAAUUUUGGAAUUCUUCAUGGGAAUAUCAAGAGCUCAAAUGUCUUGUUGGAUGAAAACUUUACACCAAAGCUCGGGCAUUCUGGGCUGCGCUUGCAUUCUUCUGAUAAAAAAUCAGAAUAUGCCAUGAUGAAAACCAAAGUCGUACAAGCUUCACUUUCUUACCUGCCAGAAGAUUUCAUCAGACAUGGGCAGUUAACGGAAAAAGUGGAUAUAUUCAGCUGUGGUGUGGUCUUAGCAGAGAUACUGACUGGGAUUAAGGCACUGGAUGAAGACAGAAACCCGAAUUACCUGAAAGAUAUGAUUGCUGAUGAAAUUCAGACAGCAAAAGAAAGCUCAAACUCCAAAGUAAAAAAUUUGGAAAAACUGGCUGCCAAGGAAAUCUGCUGCAAAUACCUAGACAGAAAAGCAGGGCACUUGCUGGAAGAGGUGGCUGUUGAUUUUGCAUCAGCCAUCUGCCUUUGCCUGAGAAAGAAGAAUUCGAACAUAGCAGAGGUACGUGAAAUGAUGGAAAUGGCUGAAAACAAAUUAAAAGAGCAUUUCAUCUGUGGAAGCAGCACUUCUGGGUUCUCCAUGAACACUCCAGAAGAGACUGAUGAUGAGACAGCCAGUGUGAGCGUGGAUGUGCCUUCUGCAGUGGGGAACAGGGAGGAGAGCAGCCAGGCAGCAGCGCUGGCCAGCAGCAGCCCCUGCGUGCCUUCCCUGGCACCCGACACCUAUGGCAUCUACAUGUCACGGGUCCCCUGCGAGUCAGAUGAGUCCAGCAGCUUCACAUGGAAUCCUCCAGAAAAAGCCACAGAGGAGCUACCUAGCCACAAGUGUCCCAGUUCAGAAAACGCGGCAGGCUGUGAUUACAAGCAGGGAAAGCCUGCCCAGGGACUGCAGGAGAGGAGCCUGGCGUGUGCCCGAGGCGAUGGCACCCUGGAGGCAGCAGCUGCUGCACAGGGCACCUGCCCGCAGGGAAACACAGACCUGGACUCUUCGUGUGCUCCUCAAGCCUUAGCCAGAGAGACAUCUUGGAAAAUACAGAUAAAUGAUCAAAAGAAGAAGCUCAUGGAAAAUAUUUUGCUGUAUGAAGAGGACAAGUUAAACAGUUCUGAACUUUUUGAAUCAUAAAUUGGAUGGAUUAAUUAGCAGUGGCAAGCUCAGAAGAAGAAAUAAGGACUGUCUCCUCAUUAGAAAGAUGGUAAAAGUGCACCUUUCACAUGUGAUUAGAUCUCGAUCAGGAACACUAGCCCUGACUGAAGGAAACAAGUACCACAUAGAGAAGCACCAGAAAAUACCUGUUCUGUGUCAGAUUAAAGCACAGUCCCACUCUGUGCACAGAAUGCCUUCUGCAGUGUGGAAAGGAGUGGCAAUGACAAGUGCCGCAGUAGUUUGUGGUUGAUGUGCAGUGUGUUUCAGGAGGCACCUGCUGGUCUCACUGCACCGCAGUCCCGGGGUCACAGAGCUGGCCAGUGGCAGGCAGCAGUCCCUGAGCUGUUUCCCACUGUGGCAGGCAGCAGUCCCUGAGCUGUUUCCCACUGUGGCAGGCAGCAAUCCCUGAGCUGUUUCCCGCUGUGGCAGGCAGCAGUCCCUGAGCUGUUUCCCACUGUGGCAGGCAGCAAUCCCUGAGCUGUUUCCCGCUGUGGCAGGCAGCAAUCCCUGAGCUGUUUCCCACUGUGGCAGGCAGCAGUCCCUGAGCUGUUUCCCACUGUGGCAGGCAGCAAUCCCCAGAGCCCCUGGGGAGUUUGCCAGUGACUCCUGCUCCGUUCAGCCUUAGCCCACGCUCACACCACUGCCUUACCACAGACAGGAUCUUUGUGCCAGUGCUCAGAAUGCUGGACACAGCUUCAUCUGGGCUUGGACUGCCCUGACCAGUGCAGGUAAUUCACUUCAGCCGCCUUCCUCUCUGAGCUUCCCUCCACAGACACACUGACACCACUUCAGUCCAACCCUUCAGUUCACUGCUGGGAGCUCUGGGACCAUGUUUAAUACUCCAUAGGGGUACUUUUGGGAAUUAUUUUUCUCAAAGUGUCCUUCACAUGGUAAUGUUUCUCAUUGUGUUUCACAUUAUAACUGUUGUAUAUUCUGGAUUAGGGAAAAUAUUUUAAUUUAAAAUAGCUUUGAUUUUUCUAUAGGACACUUGAAACAUAAUUUGUUGUAUUUAUUUUGGCAAUGGGUCAAAUAUAAGCUAAUUGUGAUGGUUCCACACUCACCAGGCAUUCUCAGAGGAACCCUUGUGGGUCUCCCUUAGUUGUAGGAGCAGUAGGAGCCUUGGUCUCAGGCCUAGGGAUCACAUGCAAAACAAAAACAGAAACUUGUAUGCUGGUGUAUUUAUGAGCAAGUGAAAGCCCCCUUAAGAAAAUAUCACUUUUGUUUUAUGAUAUUUAUUAAUAUUUUAUUUUAUUAAAAUUUUAUUAUUGCUAGCAUAUUCCACUUGUGUGCAGCAAUAGGAAAAACAGGUUUAUUAUGGACCAAAAGAAUUACCAGAGUAUGUAGCUCAGUUUACAGACAGGUGAGCUGCCUGCUGAGCACGGGGAACAGGGCCUGAUGUGCAGAAAUGGCUGCGAUUCACAGUGCAGUUCAGGGAACAAAAAUAAAAUGUAAUUAUUUCCAGUGGAAUUGUUUACUAGUAUAUAUUCGUAGUUUUACACAAAGGCCUCACGCCUUCUAUUUUUGUACAGUACCUAGUUCAUUGUGUGUAUUAUUAUGAGCAAGUAAAAGUAUUUUAGCUAAAGACCUGUAUACUGGAAUUAUCUACACAUUUCUCAAGUUAUUUUCUACACUAAAAGCUGGUACAAUUCCUUAAUUAUAAGUGCCUUGGAUACUCUCUUUGUAUUUACCAGUGUAAGGGGUUUUUUUAUUUUACCACAAUCAAACCAAGAUAAGAUUAGUACUGACAUAAGAAACAUUGUAUACUCAGGUUGGUCAAUAACUACUUAAUUCUGCAGGAGAUUUAUAGAGAUGCUUUAUGUCACUGAAAAUAUAAUAUUCAUUGUUUUUCACUGGUGGUAAAAUCCUCGUGUCUUCUCCAGAAAGGAAUGCACAUGGAUACACUGCAGAGCUGAAUGGGAAACACGAGUUUUAAACGGAGAAAUGUAGUUUGUGCACAGUUCUGUUUCACAAAAGUGCUUUGGAGGUCUUGUUCUCCUGUAGUCACCAAAUGGAAUUGUUAUUCUUUGUCUUGUACCCUGAUAGUUUUAAAA